AUGCCUGCUGCCUGCCGCUGCCUCUCCCUGCUGCUCCUGUCUGCCUGUGCGGCUCUGUUGCUGCGGCCGCGGCUUGGGGCCCGGGCAGCCCCGCUGGAGCCAGUGUACCCCGGGGACAAUGCCACACCAGAGCAGAUGGCCCAGUACGCAGCUGAGCUCCGCAGAUACAUCAACAUGCUGACCAGGCCCAGGUAUGGGAAAAGAGACAGAGAAGAAACACUGGACAUCCUGGAGUGGGGCCCCCCCCAUGCUGCUGGCCCCAGGGACCUCAGCCCGAUGGACUUGUGA